GAUUUCAACCAUCACACUCAGAGCCCGCCUCCUAAUCCUCGGGCGGAGCGGCUCGGGGGCCCCAUUUUAUGGCAAUAAAACGACUUAGCGCCUGCUGAGCGAGCCCCUCCCCGCCGCCGCCCCCGCCCUCGGCCCCACCCCGGGGCUCGCCCGCAGCGGCGGGGCUUUGUUUCUGGGGAGGAGGACCCGGAGCUCUUUUGUUUGGGGGUUUGGUGUUUUCACCCCCCUACCUUACCCUACCCCACCCCACCCCACCCCCCGUGCCUCUCCGGUUUCCUGAGCUGCGGGCUGCAAGGGAGGAGAAGCGGCGUCUUGCAACCCCCUCGGCUGGGCCCCGGGGUAAUUCGAUGCGGGCCUGGCGAGGCUCCCCACGCUAGACCGGGGCUCGCGUCUCAGCAGCCUCCACCCACCGGCCCACCCUACAUUUAGCGCAUCAUGUGAUCCGGGUAAGUCAUUUGCAAGUACAACAGUUCCCUGGGUUGCCCCCCAUUCAUUUCCUGAGAACUGCAGAGAGCAGCUGAGAGGCUCUGCCUGUGCGUGUGCGAGUGUGCGUGUGAGUGUGCGCGGGUGACGCCGUGUGUGUGCGAGAGUGAGUGUGUGUGCGCGCGUGCGUGUGUGAGAGAGAGAGAGAAAGGGAGAGAGGGGGACUCUGAGGGAAAGAAAACAAUUUCUCCUGCUCUGCAGCUUCUGUUCAGAACAUACAUGGAGAAAUGCUGCCCAAACGGAAGCAAUAGCAAGACUCAGACUGUCAGAGGCUGCUGGUCAGAACUGAGAAGGAGGACAUCGGUCUCUUCAGUGGCUCCUUGGAUCCACAAAGUGAAUGCUGCAGCUAAGAUUUGUGCCAUUUCAUUGCUUGUUGGCACUCCUGAAACGUGGCCACAUCUGUAACUGUAUAAAUUUGUUCUGGCAUAGCCCUUCCAUCAAGCUUACAGCUCAGAAGCUUCCAGUGAGAGGCACUAUGGCAUGAGGAAGAGUAUGGACUUUGGGAUCAGACAAGAGAGUGUUCAGAUCCCGGCUGUGCAGUUUGGUAGCCAUCAAACUCUAUUUCUUCGCUCGUAAAGUGGAGGUUGAUAUCCCUUCUUCACAAGAAUGAUGCGUGUGCCGUGGAAAUCCCUGUGUCUUUUCUCAGCAGUAAAAUGUCUCAUGUGAUACAAGUUCAGAAGAGAUAACGGAUCAAUGUGACUCGAGAAACAAAUGGAUGAAUGAAUAUCCAUAUGAAGAGGAAAACAAUAAAGAAUAUCAACUCCUUUGAGAACAGAAUGUUAAUGCUUGAUGGGAUGCCGGCAGUCAGAGUCAAAACAGAGCUUUUGGAAUCUGAACAAGGGUCUCCAAACGUCCACAACUACCCCGAUAUGGAAGCUGUUCCCUUGUUGCUAAAUAAUGUGAAAGGGGAGCCCCCGGAGGACUCAUUAUCUGUAGAUCACUUCCAAACACAAACUGAGCCAGUGGACUUGUCAAUCAACAAAGCCAGGACAUCCCCCACAGCCGUUUCAUCCUCCCCAGUUUCCAUGACAGCGUCUGCCUCCUCACCUUCUUCAACUUCAACCUCUUCAUCGUCUUCUAGUCGUCCAGCCUCGUCCCCAACUGUUAUAACAUCAGUAUCUUCAGCAUCGUCUUCGUCAACAGUAUUAACUCCAGGGCCCCUUGUUGCCUCUGCAUCUGGUGUGGGAGGCCAGCAGUUUUUGCACAUUAUCCAUCCUGUACCGCCUUCAAGUCCCAUGAAUUUACAGUCUAACAAACUGAGUCAUGUUCACCGCAUCCCCGUGGUGGUACAGUCGGUGCCUGUUGUCUACACAGCUGUGCGGUCACCUGGAAAUGUGAACAACACUAUUGUAGUGCCGCUUUUGGAGGAUGGGAGAAGCCAUGGCAAAGCACAAAUGGACCCCCGAGGCCUAUCUCCCAGACAAAGUAAAAGUGACAGUGAUGAUGAUGACCUGCCAAAUGUGACCUUAGAUAGCGUUAAUGAAACUGGAUCUACGGCCCUUUCCAUAGCCAGAGCAGUACAAGAGGUACAUCCAUCCCCAGUAUCCAGAGUCCGGGGAAAUCGAAUGAAUAAUCAGAAGUUUGCUUGUUCAAUUUCACCAUUUAGUAUUGAGAGCACAAGACGCCAGAGACGGUCUGAAUCCCCAGACUCCAGAAAACGGCGUAUCCACAGAUGUGAUUUUGAGGGAUGCAACAAAGUGUACACAAAAAGUUCUCACCUGAAGGCUCAUCGAAGGACACAUACAGGAGAGAAACCCUACAAGUGUACCUGGGAAGGCUGCACCUGGAAGUUCGCUCGUUCCGAUGAACUGACAAGGCAUUACCGCAAACACACGGGAGUAAAGCCAUUCAAGUGCGCGGACUGUGAUCGCAGCUUUUCCCGGUCAGAUCACUUGGCACUGCACCGCCGGAGGCAUAUGCUGGUGUGAGGAAUGCGACCUGUCCAGCUGAGUGUAAGAGCUGGAUCUCUUAGUGGCACCCAAUUCAGCAGGGCUGAAUCCCCUUCACAGUGUUAACACAAAAGGGCAUCACCAUCCCACGAUGUCUGAAACCAGAGCAGGAAAAAGAAGUAACACUUCUCCUUUCGGUCUGAAGGUAACCCCCAUCACGACUACACAAGAAACGUCUUCAUGCUGGCCUGGGAGAUCGGUGACACAAAUGCUGAAGAGACAGGCAUUGUUUUCCGUGCUGUGUACUCUGCCAUUUAAAGAUGUUUGUAGCUUGUACAUUUUCUGAGCUGUCAGACAUUUUGUUAUUGAUACUUUAAAGGUCAUCUACCACAAAUUGAUGGCUAGAGCAAGACCUUUUAAAUUUGGAUUCUUCUCCCAUCGUCCCACCCCUUAACCCCUUUUUACAAAAAUUUUAGUUACUAUCUGAGAUAGAAUACACAUCCAAUCUGUUACCAGCAAGCAGCAUGAAAGUAGCAAAGAAGAAGCUGUUGGAGAGGUUCCAUUACCUGAAAAUAAAGGGGCACUCAGGCAGCCCAUUGCAAUAGUGAUGGCAACAACUAGAUAUCACCCGCGCCUUCUCAUUAUGCCAUGCCCUGAAGAAAAUCAACAUUGAAGCUUUCAUUUGUUUGUUGUUGAUUGUUUUUGUUUUGUUUUGAUUCUGUUUUGUUUAUCUGUUCGAGCAGAGGGGGCAGCGACAUUUCAGUUGGAGUCUAGUCGUGGUGUCUGCCCUGGCAUGGAUUGGCACAGAGGUGUUCUAUAGUUGAAUAGGAAGAGCCUGUCUAAAAAAACUACUGCCCCACUUCAAAUUGCAGUGUUCUGUCACCUAGGCAUCAUCUCUUCCUGCCCCUAGUAUUUGAUUACAAGGAAUCGGGGGAAAAAAACUUUUCUUAGACACACUGGCACCAAGGUAAGAGGUGGGGCUGCCCAGGCAAAGUCAGUGAACAUGAAAAAUCAGACAAAGCAGAGAUGGAAAUAAUGCGCCUCUUGAGGAGAAAAGCAAUAAUGAAUAAAAGGACUUUCCUACAAUAACUUCACUGAGGACUCACGUUACCAAUUUUCAUACUUACUAAAGGGAUUGUGAAAAAACACCCCAGCAUUUUAGAUGUCUUGGUUACAUUUACAGCACUGAGGUAAUCUUUCUGCUGUUUGUUGUCCUGCUUGGUUGAGUACCACAAUUAAAGAUUAUACUCCCCUUUUCUUGUUUGAAAACAGUUAUUUGGUGACUAGAAAGGCCAGAGAGGCAUAGCAGGGAAUUAACUCUUGUGUUAAUGGGUCAGUUCUCCUUGGAAUUGAGUCAGUGGAAAGGGAGUGUUCCCUGAGGAAAGCCUGACAUGGUGCUAGUCUCCUCACUUGGAGAGCCAAGGAUAAGUGACUUUCCAAUAGAUUCUUCUAUACAGAUUUCAUUUUCAAACUGUAUUAGGACCCAAUGGUUCUGCAUUGGCAUCUGCGGGGAUGUUGAACCCACUCAUCCUGUGCUGAGGGUGAGAGGAAAUUAUAGUUCCGUCAACCCCCUAAAUUAUGAGCCUUUUGUGCAACUAGCAAAGUAUACGGUAAACAAAGCAAUACAUCACCAACAAGCAUUCUUUCUGAAAAAUUAUCAUAUUUUUUUCCCCACUAAAAGCUGUUUUUUCCCAGCUUUAUGUGGCUAAGGGGCUUGGCGAGGUUUUUUUGUUAUUGUUGUUGUUAAGAUUUUUUACAGCUUAGAUGUAAAAGGUUGCCAGCAUAGACCUUUGCAAUAUAUUUUAAUUACAAACACUUGAUUUUGGGAACUGCACAAAUUAACCUCACAAUAUUACUAGCUCAUUUUUAAAUGUUUGAACAUUCUGAAAUAAUUCCCGGUUGCAGAAUUAUCCUUUUUAGGAUCAUCUUCUAAUUCAGAUCAUCUUAUUCUGAUGAACAUUGAAAUAAGGACAAUUGUGUUGGAUGGUAUUAAAAGGAAUUUUCUUUAAUGUUCAAGCAGCAGCAUAAUGAUUUUCAGGUCAAAUUCUAUCUUCAAAAAUAUGUGCUGUACAUUUUCUGCCAGGUCUGAAAAAUUCAUCAGGCAAUUUUCCUCCAACAAGGGCUGCAAUUCUAUUGAUAAAUAGCUUCUUUAGCUACUCAAUCUACUACCCACCAAGCACUGGGUUUUUUUUACCAACUGGAAAGUUUUUUAUCUGUACUGUAUGCAACUCCUACUUCUCAUUGCCUGUGACCAUUUUGACUAGAAAGAGGUUUCCUGGUGCAUGCCAGUGUUGGUUACUGGUCAGUGGCAAAGAACACAGAGAGUGGCGAACAGCCCUGAAGCCCUUUCUGCUAGUCCUGGAACCUAGUUGGCAGGUAGUAGGUGAAUCACUCUGGUGAGGUGUGGACUUGAUUUACUUCUGCCUGCUCUCAUAAGAAGGCCAGUCCUUUUCUCUGCUGAGAGGCGUCUUGAGAGUGUUACAGUAGAAGUGGUUUUUAGAAUUCACAGAACUGACAGGCCGUGGGAGCUUCUUGAUUUAAAUUUAGCACCAAACUAAAUGAGCUGCUCCUCUCUAAUAACACAGGAAAGAUUCAGGGAAGUGAGCUUUCCUCCUCACCCUCUGAAAGUGGAAACCAGACUGAGACGGUAAGUUAACUGAUAAAGCUGUCAGCAUUACGCCAUUUCCCCUUUUGACGUAUCGAUACCUCUAAGGAGGGAUCCAAGCACAAGCGCUGAAUGAGUUGCUGAUCUUGCCCCAGGACUGACACUUAUUUGGGGCUUGUCUUGGGACAUAGCAAAUUCUCCCUGGUGAAUUUUCUACAAAUGUUUCCCCAUGGAGAGGAAAGUGGUUUGGGAGAGAAAGAAUUGGAUUUUUAAGUAGGAAUGUCUUCAGGCAUGGAAAAGCCUCCUCCAUUUCAUCUUAUGUCCAUUCUAGCCUCUUUUAAAAAGCACAGUAGAAGAUGAACAACAGAAAAGGAGUAGAAUCCAAAGGACUAGUCUGUUGUCCCCUAACUAGAAGCAUUCUUUAGUUUUAAAUUCGAAGCUGUUCAAUUUGUAGCUGGACAUAUGUGCGGGUCUGGGAACUUAUAACACUGGCGGCUGUAAUGGCUUAAGAAGCUAUAGUAGACCUGACUGUCUCUUUGCAUUGUAGAGAUUGAUUUCAAGGAAGUUACUGUUAUUUGAAAAGUUAUGAGGUUCAGACUUUGAAGUUGUAAUAGAUUCCCUAGGCAUAAUCUUCUGAUCAUAAGUUCUUUGGGAAAAGAGUCCUGCUUCCCCUCCACCUCCAGCCUCGUCCUGUUAAUUGUGUGUGGACUCUUGAGAAGCCUGCCUGAUAACUUGUCUUAAGUUCUAUUAAGGCAUUUAGACUGAAAUUCCUAAUGGCUUUACCAUAAAGACUUUACUAUUGCCUGGCAUUACUUUUCACAAAACACUAUAGGACAUUUAUUUUCAAAAGCAGUUGAAUAACAGUAACAUGAACCACAUUUUUUUUUUAAAAAGAGCACUUUUUAUUCACUUGAAAGUUUAAAGGCAAAAUAGGAAGAGGAUUGUCAGGGGGAAAAAGCUUACAAAAUGCCCCAGUGUUUACAGAUGCCAGUUCUAGUUGAUUAGAAAGGCCAUUCUCGUUAUGGUUGAAAUUUGGAAUAGCUUAUACAAAGAUUGUGUUCAUUUUUAUGCAACUUUUUUUUAAUGUCAAAUUGCUAUGUGUGUUUUAAACAUAAAUAUAAUUCUGCACUUUGAAAUCAGUUCAUUAGAAUGAUGACAUGUAUAUGGAUAAAGAUGCAGUAUUCCUUUUCUGCUUUAUUAUACUUACCAAAGCUGCAAUUGAAUAAAUCUGGUGAGGUGAGGCCUUUAAAUGUAUUAAUACGCCUUUGUUAUGUUGUUAUGACUGCUUAGAAAUGUAGCCAUGAUAUUAUUAUAAAGGUGUCUUAAUAUUUAUAGUAAGGACUGACAGAAUUUAAGCAGUGUUAAGAAUACCAGCAUCCGUGAUAAUGUUGAGUUAUAGUCUUUGGAUAAGGGACUGAACGUGAGAUAACUCUUAUGAAUCAUAAUAGGCCCAGGAAGCCUUAAUACUCAUGUUCCAUAAUCCAAUCUCAGAUUUUGCUCUUUACUAAUGCCUGUAAAUUUAGGAGGUAAAUGUAUUCUACAGCUUCAUUGACCAAAUCUCUUCCUUCGGUUUUUCUGAGAUAGUGCAUCUCAUUAAAAAAUCUUUCAGUUUGAUUUGGUUUUGUUUAGAAAAGGGAUUUGGUAAUUCAUGUUUUUCAUGUCACAUUUCUACUUAUUCCCACACUGCCUUCCACUUACCUGUACAGGCACCCCCAACACAUGCACACCCUAUACACACCUGCAUAUGCAGCAGCCAGUGGGCUAAUCAAUAUCAACAAAGAACUUUUUUAAAAGAAUGAAUUUGUAAUAAUCCAUGCUGUCUAGAAAUGUAAGUUAUUUACCUUAUUAGGGAAUCAGCUUAUAAUGCUAUAUAUGACUUUGCUUGCAUUUUAUAGUUAAGAAGUAUACAUAAAAAAUUAAAAAUGCUAUAUUUUCACAGUUUCAUUAUAGAAUAAUGUGUGUUUAGCAAACCAUGUCCAUUGGUACUUUAAAUAUGCUAAAUACUGUGCAAUUGCAAUAGAAAUUCAGAUUUUCAUAAGAAAAUGAAAUAGGAGGAUACUGCAUCUUUAAAAUAAUAGAGUGAAGAUAUUUUAUUGUAUUCGUAACAUAUGUGAUAGUGGAAAAAGUAUUUUCAAACUCACAAAUUUUACAGAGGUUGUAAAUAGUUUGAUGAAGUAUGUUGGGAAAAAGAGCUUCUAGUUUUCAUCACAAUAAAAAAAAAACCCUUGUUCAGAUAUGCCUUGUAUAUCUUACACACAAUUAGCGAUAUUGCCAUGGGAACUCUGUUCCACUUCGUCAGAGCACAUUCCUUGUGCUCUGACAAAAUGGAGUGGCCAUUUGUCUCAGUUUAGCCAGGAUGGUUUAAAACAUAAUGAAUUCAUUUUAAGCUGCAGACAACUGAUUCCAAACUCAAAAUGUCUUUGCCUGAAAAGGGGAAAACAGCUGCACAGGAUUUUACUUGCGCUAAAGAGAAGCAUCUAGCAACUUUUCUCAGUUAUCUUCCUCCUCAACGAAAUAGUUCUUGAUCAAAAAACUAUACAGGUGUUUAUUCUUGUUUAAUUCCAGCUACUUUUAGCAGUAGAUACAUGUUGACAAGAUUAAGUGCUAUGGAUAUGGCCACACGUUAAAUGAAUCUAUACUGGCAAUAGGAAUAAGCUAAUGCCCAUUUUCAGAAAUGAAUUAAAAGCUGAAAGUGCCUGUCAAUAAACAUUAUGACCAAUGAGAUAUUCCUGUACUUUUCCACAGCAAUAAUUUUUCAUCAGACUGGGUUUUUCCUCCACACUUGGGAAACACACGCUCAUAGAGUAAAUAUAUGCACAUAGCAAAUCGAAUCUGUUCACACCCCCUCAAAAAUUCUUUUGUGUCUUUUAAAUAUACCUAAUCUUGUUUAUGUUAGCAUUUCCUAAUUUAAUCUUUCUUAGUUACAGAAUGUAAGAAUGCAGAUCUGAACAUUAAGGUUAUCUUCAACGUAUACUGUGCUGUAUGGCGAUUAUAAUUUUGAGAUAAAAACUUCACUGUGAUUUGCCCCAAACUAUGAAGCAGUGUGUGUGGCUCAGACAGUUUUGUUCGGUUAACAAAAGCCAGUUUAUUUAGAGCAAAACACUAGAGAUGCUUGUUUGUUUUUACCUUAUUUUACCCACUAAUACCAAAUGCACAAAUCUGUUUUUACAUUUCUUCAUUUCCUUUUUCCCUAAUAUUUUCUGUUACCAUCUCAGAACCAUUUUGAAAUGAGUAUUGACACAAUCAUUUCUCCCUAAAAAGUCUACUGAAGUACGACUGACACUUAAUAAGCCUAGCCUUUAACCAAGGUUUGCAGUAGUCCUGGAAAUUACUAGAUUUACAUUCAGAACUUCACAACUUUUUGCGGUAAUUAUUUUACUGCUAAAAGUGGUCAUGAAUAGAAAUAUACACUGAGAUUAUAUGAAUAGUCAAGAGCCCUGGAAAUUCUCCAGCCCUACCAUCUCAGAGCACAAAUCCACCCAAACAAGCUAUUGAGGGCUAUCAGUAAAAUUAUACUCUUUCAGAGCCAAACAUUUGGUAAGAGCAAUUUAAAAAGUAUAACUAUGAUUAAACACUCAGGCUUUAGACAGUGAAGACUACCAUGGUGGACAGUGGUCUCCAGAAGCAGACCACAGGCCUAGAAAACCGUUUACUGUUUCCUCUUCCAAGUUUCAGAAAGAAGGAAAAGGAGAAGGAAAUGUACCAGGAUAAGGGUGUAGAACAAUUAAGUGUCGAAGGAAAGCUGCUGAGUCCUUAAUCUCACUAAAGUGAAGUCUUCUGACUGGGCUGCUUUCUGCAAGUUGUCUGAAAGUACUAACAGAAUUUGAAAGGUCAAAAAUUCAGCAAGCCGUGAAAAUAAUAGCUAUUCUUUACUAAACUCUUACUUGGUAAUUCUUAAGACACAUUACUUCUAAUCUGUACAACAGUUCUACAUUUUAUGCAUGGGGAACAGGCACGGAGAGGGUGGCUGAGUUGUCCACAAAGAGAAAUGGUGAACGGCAGAGUAGGAAUGUGAAGUUACCUAUCUCUGGCUCUGAAGCCUGAAUUUCCACCGCACCACACUGCACGUGUGUUCCCAGCCAACUUUCCAUAUUUCUGAUUCUUAAGUAGUUUUAUAAUGGAUGUGUAGUCAUCAUAUUUUCCAAGAUAUAUGGACAUGAUAUACUACAUAACUUGACAGUGGUACAUAAUAUUUGAAAUCAGUCCUCUGGAAAGUCAUGCACCAAGGAUCAUUAUAAACAAACAGCAACAACCAGAUGUCUCCCUGAACUUGUCACUUUCCUCCUAAGCGUUGGGCCUGGAGAUCACAAUCACCGAAACUCUUCCCUACUUCAUAGCAUUUGAGCCAGAGUGGAUUUUCUCUAUUCUACGUAUUUCUUUGUAGGUAUAGUAAAAGCUUUUCCACCUAUAUAGACCUUCUACAAUCUGCUUAAGUUGCAUUUGAAAUUUUCACCUCCACAUAACUGGUUGUUAAUAUCAGAGCCCACUCUCGGCGGUUGAUAAUGGGGUGGCAAUCACAAACAUUCAGAUGAUGAGCAAGGAGAGAGAACGGAUAAUUCCUUUUUAGAUUUCUCACCUAACAGCACUGCCUUGGAAUGUUUUAAAUAGUCUUAUAAAUAAUUUUUUUAUAGUAUUGUUGUUAAUUUAAUUGAAUUUUAUCUAAGAAGCUGUCCAACAUCAGAGAAAUGAAACCUCCCUUCCGUUUUCUGUGUAGAACAAGGUCUUUGACAGUAUUGAUUCAUGGAAGUACUAAUGGACUUAGAAAACAUUAAGAGAAUGUCAUUUCUCGUGGUGUUUCUUUUUCUGAAAAUGAAUUUCCUGAAUUAUGAUCUUUCUCCCUGUUACUUGGCUGAGGGAAGAGAUAAAACCUGUAUAAACAAAUUCUCUUCCACGCUGAGAGCAAGUGUUCCGUGUGCACAACCCACUGUGGAAAGGGCCUCUCUUCUCAGUUAAUUGGGUUUCACAAGCAAUAAUUUCUCAACAACAAAACCACAACUUAAAGUGAGUUGAAAAGAGAUGAAUAGUGGAAAUGGUCACAUCAGUAUUUUUAAAAUGUUUGAGGCAACCGAGUCUGGUCUUACCCAUUUGUGCAAAGUGAGAACCAAUGACUCUGUGUGUGAAUUAUUAUAUCUUGCUUUUUCCAAAGCAGGCUUAACAAGACUUGCACAGAGAUUCAUUUUUGUUGAGAAAUGAGGGUGAAUAAGAAGGUAGAAUUUGGGUCAAAUUCUAGUAAAAGUACUCAAGUAAUCAAAGAGUAAGAUAUUUUAAGGACAUAGCAACAUCUUCCCUUUCUGCUAAUUUCAUGCUCCAAAGAUACAGCAUAAAACAUUAUGGAAAGUGCUUUUGCCCUACUUGUAUUUCUAGUUUUCCCAUAGAACUUUGUAAUUACAUCCAGACUACAGUAUAUAUUUUGUUCCUCAAACUGUAUUACACUGGAUGGAUAUUGUUGAACUGGGGCACUGGUGCCUAUAUUCAAGGCUCUUUCCUAUCAACUUGUCUGUCCACAAUUUGUUGUGUUUAAAAAUUCAUUUUUAAGAAUCACCAUCCCCGCCCUGGAAUGGUGGCUGUAUUGUUUUGUUCAUGUUUAUGUGGGACACAUUGCAUCACAUGGCAAACCAACUCUCUGUGGAUGUGAGAUAACUACUUACAAAACCAGCUUGAAAACAUCGUCUUAUGUAUUAUGUCAUCCUGCAUCAUAAUGCAAUUAUGUGUAUCAUAACAUGCUCAUUUUAAAAAAAGAGAAACCAGCAAAUUCAUGUUUGUCCAUAGAAGAAUGUACUCAGAACUUUCUGUGUUGUGAAACGAUGAGAACAGACCACCUUUAAGAUACCCACCUGCCACUUAAAAUGACUUAGUUAUAAUUAGUAGUAGUCUAGACGUUGCUCUUGGUGUGUGGGGGUCAAUUUAAACGUCAUAUUCUUUUGAAUAAAUCUCUCAGUCAUAUUUGAAAAAAUACAUGGGAAUAAAGAAAAAUAUCAUCUUUGGCCAAAUCAAGCAGACAUCUUUUUCCUUUUCCUUGACACUUAGCUUAUUAUACAUGAUGUUUGGAUCACAAGAUCUAUCUUUGUAAAAAUACAAAAAACAUCCUUUAGUUGACAAAACAGUUAUUCUAGGCUUGAAGCCUCUGAACAGCAAAUUGGAAUAGAUGUGCUGCGUCUGAUUCGCUUUGCAGAUGUGAUUUUACAAAAGACUCUUGGGUCUCUGACCCCAGAGAGUUAGGGUGCCCAGAGGAGGUGCUACGCAUUAAAGGAGAAAGCCCCCCAAUGAUGCUGGCAAGCAAAUGUAUUAAUUUCUUAAAUCUUCAUUUGGUUUUCUGUUCAGAGUUUUAAUUGCAAAUGAAUUUAUUUCUCCAGCUUAUCUAAAGAUCUAAUUUCCCAAUAGUUUCCUCUGCAUUUAUAUACUCGGUAGUGUUUAGGCAACCCCGUUAUAAGUUUAUUAAUAUUAUGUAAGUGUUGUUCUUGUAUUUAUGUAUAGUGUAUGUAUUGUAAAUAUACUCAGAGCUUUUUUCCUUUUACUGUAAAAUGGUGAUUUUUUUCUUUUUCUUUUUUUUUUUUUUUUUGCCCUAUGAUGAUGUAAAGGGAGACCCUCCUAAUGAGAUUCUCUCAGAGGAUGAUUAUUCCAGUCUAUUCUCAGAGAUUUAAAUGAACAAGUGUUAUUGUUUUUAAUGGUGUCUCAGACAUAUUCUGUUGGUGCAUUGCUUUUCUGUAUUCAACUUUCCUAUGAAUUGAGCUGUGAACCGAAAUAGAGUUUAAACCUUUAACUGUAUGCAUUUGUAUAAUUAUCUGAAUGAAGGCAUGAAGGUUAAAUAAAGCAUUUUGUAUGGAACAAAACUCCCUAAUUAUUACUAAGGCUGACUCAGACA